AUGUUUAGCUUUGACCGCAUAGAGGACCCAGACGGAAACGAGAAGCCCAGUCUACUCACAAAUUUCACAUCAAUAACUUGGCUAUCUAAGAACACAUCGAAAACAGAGCCAGAAGUUUCAAGCGCACCCUCUAGCCGUGCCUGGAUUAAAGGCGUCGUGAUAUGUUCAUGGGUUAUUGCCACCGUUCUCACCAUAAAUAUUGUCCUGACGAUCAUCGCCGUGGGCAUUGCCUAUUCAAAAAAUGGCGAAGAAGAUUUCUCCUUCGCAGCGCUGUAUAUAGGGAAAUGCUCCGUUGCAAAGAACUGGAUGACGGGGUUACACCUUGUUAUUAACAUUCUCAGCACGGUCAUGCUGGGAGCGAGUAACUACUGUAUGCAAUGCCUUGUGGCGCCGUCUCGGGCGCAGGUUGAUGCAGCGCAUAGUAAGCGGGUCUGGGUGCCUAUUGGGGUCCCGAAUAUCUGGGGCUUGCUUUGGAACCAGCAAGGGAAGAGGCAGCUGCUUGGGUGGAUCUUGCUGGCUACAUCAUUGCCUAUUCAUUUGAUUUACAACUCCGCUAUCUAUUACUCGAUCGGCUCUACAGAGUAUGCGAUAGUAAUAGCACCCCCUGGUCCGAUGAACGGAACUGGAUCAGUGGGUUGGAAUGAGUGCUUUGACAGCGCCGUUGGCCUGGAUAUAGAAACGGUUAAAGGCGAGAUGAGCCGGUCGGAUCUCAAGACGCUUUCUAUUCAAGAGUGCAUUGACACAUUCGCGCAUGACUUUGUAUCCGGGCAAAGGAUGCUUGUUUUGGUGACGGACGAUCCAAUGCCAGACGGCGAGCCUCUGGCGUUUAUGGGACGGACAGAUUCGACCUACAUAUAUGAAGAUGGCAGUACUUUCAAAUGGAUGUGUGGUAGUGACAGUGUCUGCAGCAAAGAUAUUGUGAAUCAGAUGGUCAAUGGGGAGGAAUGGACCGUCCAGCCACUUCGGGCAUCUACUCCAUGGAUAAAGCUCCAGAUCCCUAACGAGAACGGAUUCCAGAACGCCUCAUGGUCCUCUGGCUCUUGGUUAAGCCAGCCCGACAUUUCCCACACGCCAGAUACCAGACGCUUGAACGAAAUUCUUCACCGAGCUACGCAUGAGGGCGAGGUGCAGGCUGCACUUGACGAUCCCUCUAAUUGGGCCAAUGCUUCCUUCCCGGGAAAUGUGACGAUAUUUUUCUACUCGUUUGAGUGUCCUAGCUCAUUUCGACCAACCAGACUGACGCAGACAUGUCGGAUUGAUCACUGUUUAACAAUUCCGAAAGACGAGUCUUGCCGACUGACGUUUAGCCCGCCAAUUUGUCUGGUUGUCAUUGGGUGCAACUUAAUAAAGUUGAUCUGCGCACUAUUGACCGCGCGCGAUGGGAGGGAGGACUUAUUCCUUACAAUGGGGGACGCGGUCGCAUCUUACCUUGCUUGCCCAGAUCCGAGGACAGAGGGGGUGUGUUUGCUGUCCAAAGGGCUGGUCAACAGACGGACUCAGGGCUGGCGCAGGAAGCCGAAAAAGAAGGACAAGACACUGGAUAUUCCCCUAUACUUAAAGCUUCCACUUCAACUACCUUCCAGAAAACGGUGGUUUCAAGCCGUUAGUACGGGACUGUGGAUCUCUACAAUCAUCCUAUUUGUCUGCAUGAUUGCCCCAGGCAUCUACGGCCUCCUCGUCGCCAUCUCCUGGUUUUCCGAUUUAUCUCGCGCAACCAUCUGGGACAACACUCUGGGCGAAGAACGCCCAUCAACUCUAAUAGGCAUACCCACCCGACCCGACGCAAUGGGAACAUUCGCCAUGAUCAUCCUACCAAACGUCCUACAACUCUUCGUCUCAAUCGCCUACUUCAUGCUCGAUGCCCUGCUGACCGCUAUGCUCGGAGCCGUGGAAUACAACAACUACGCGCGGAAUCGCAAACCGUUACGCGUCUCCUGGCCCCGCGGCGCCCAGCGCUCCACUUACUACCUCUCACUGCCAUACCGAUACGGCUUACCGCUCCUCAUCGCCUCCGCGGUUCUACAUUGGCUCGUCUCACAAAGCCUCUUCUUUGUACAAAUCAUUUCCUUCGACAUAAAUGGCGUGCCUAUCCCUACGACGGGGUCUGCCAGCUGCGGUUACUCGCCUGUUGCUAUGUUGUUCGCUAUCAUUGUUGGCGGCUCGCUACUUAUCGUCCCAAUACUCCUGGGCCUGCGCCGCUUUGAAUCCCCGAUGCCCCUGGUGGCACAGUGUAGUGCGGCGAUUAGCGCCGCCUGUCAUCCAAUGACGUCCACCAUGGACGACACCGCUAACCACGCGCUCAAACCUGUGCAGUGGGGUGAGAUUCCGGGCAACUACUCGGGUCGAGACAUGAUGACAUUUUCACGUCGAAUAGAUGGUGAUGAGGAUGCCAGUGGGAGUGGGAAUGGAAAUGAGGAGCUGCAAGAGAUAUUCCCGACCGCAGACCUUGAUAACUUGACUGGCACUGGUGCUGCGAACUCGUGGCUUUAUCAUUGUACUUUUACGUCGGAGGAUGUGUGCGAACCGAGGGAGGGGUGUGUUUAUGUAUAG